CCGCUUCCCCAUCACGUCCGCCCAGUUGCCCUAGUGACUGUGUGACCCUUCUCCCCCGCCCUGCUGCCACCGGCCCUAUAAAUAGAGGCAAGGAGCAGCUGGGCUCUCUUGGCAGUCACCAUGAGGGCGCUGGUCCUGCUCUGCUGCUUUGUGGCGUCGCUCCUGCUCCCAGGACAAGCAGAACUGCAAGCUUCCACUUCGGGUGGCACAGAAGAUGUUGGCAAUUUGUUGGAGAAUCAUUUCUCUGCUGGAGACGCAGCAAGUCUAGACGAGAAGGAAAGGGCGCUUUAUGCAGAGGCGGCUCCUCGAGAGAAGAAGCUGCUCCUUCACUCCCCAGAUGGCAGGGAGGCUGGGAGCUCGGAGAAGACCGCCGCUGACACCCCCGGCCCGGGCUCUGAUCCCGAAGCCAGCCUCUCCAAUGCCUCAGCCUCACAGUCGGCUCCCCUCGGGGACCCUGCGGAGCCUGGGGAGGAAGAAGUGCGCCCACCAGGAGAAAGUGCCCUUCCUCCAGAAGGGGAGAGGGGCCCCGGGGAAGAGGGGAGGCCAGAUCUCAGUGCGGGAGAGGGCCCAGCAGAAGAGAGAGCUGGGCUUGGGGUCUCCACAGAGGAAGCUGCCAGUGGGGAGGCUGACGGACAGGCUAGGGGAGAUGUGGUCCCUGAGGAAGCUGAGGAGAUCCUAGGGGUCAACGCUGAGCAGGAAACAGCAACGGGAACCGUAGGGCCUGAAGAUGCAAGGGCUUCUCCCACCACAGAGGAGGUCGAGGAAGCCCAUGCCCCUGAGACAGGAGGCGAGGGCAGCCCAGGGCCUGAUGAGGGACCUGAAGGGCCAGAUGGAGUUGUGGAUGUGGACACAGAAGGCAGGGAGGGGCCUGAGGACCAGGGGGAGCCUGGCCACAGCCCAGCCACGGAGACGGGGAGCGCACAGAGCUCCGAGGUGGAGGGCACCCAGGAAGACAGCCCUCCAGAGGGCCAGGCGCCAGAGAUGUCUCAGGAGGACCAGGACAUGGCCUCCUCUGAAGAAGAGGGUGGCGAUCACAGCGGAAGCGAGGAAGAAGAAUCUGAAGAGGACAGUGGCGAUGGGGCUAGUUCAGAAGAAGAAGGGGGUGACUCUGAGGAAGCCGGGGAACCCCAGGAAGCAGCAGGAACCCCAAGCCUUGAGGACGAGGGGGCCCAGUUGAGUCCAGAGGAGUUGGAUACAGGGCUCGAGGGGGACGAGGCCCAGGAUGCAGCCGCAGAGGAGUCGGAGGAGGGGCCUCAGGAAGAGGCGGAGGAUGUGAGUGAAGAAGCCCCACUGAGAGACCGCUCCCACAUUGAGAAAACUCUGAUGCUGAAUGAGGAGAAGCCGACUGAUGAUUACCCGGUGGUACUGCAGCGACUUCGAAAGAUCUACCACUCGUCCAUCAAACCCCUGGAGCAGUCUUACAAGUACAACGAGCUUCGGCAGCACGAGAUCACAGAUGGGGAAAUUACUUCCAAGCCAAUGGUGCUGUUCCUGGGACCGUGGAGCGUUGGCAAAUCCACCAUGAUAAACUACCUCCUUGGGUUGGAAAACACUCGCUACCAGCUCUACACAGGUGCUGAGCCCACCACCUCAGAGUUCACGGUCCUCACGCACGGGCCCAAGCUGAAAACCAUCGAGGGCAUUGUCAUGGCUGCUGACAGCGCCCGGUCCUUCUCACCCCUCGAGAAGUUUGGCCAGAAUUUCCUGGAGAAGCUGAUUGGCAUCGAGGUUCCCCACAAACUUCUGGAGCGGGUCACUUUUGUGGAUACACCAGGCAUCAUUGAGAACCGCAAGCAGCAAGAAAGAGGUUACCCCUUCAAUGACGUGUGCCAGUGGUUCAUCGACAGAGCUGACCUCAUCUUUGUCGUCUUUGACCCCACCAAGCUGGAUGUGGGUCUGGAGCUGGAGAUGCUCUUCCGCCAGCUGAAGGGGCGGGAGUCCCAGAUAAGGAUCAUCCUGAACAAGGCCGACAGCCUGGCCACGCAGAUGCUCAUGCGCGUCUAUGGGGCCCUCUUCUGGAGCUUGGCCCCGCUCAUCAAUGUCACAGAGCCCCCAAGGGUUUACGUCAGCUCCUUCUGGCCGUACGACUACAAGCCUGACACACACCGGGACCUGUUCCUCAAGGAAGAGAUCUCCCUCCUGGAAGACCUGAACCAGGUGAUCGAGAACAGACUGGAGAACAAGAUUGCCUUCAUCCGCCAGCAUGCCAUCCGGGUCCGCAUUCAUGCCCUCUUGGUUGACCGCUAUCUGCAGACUUACAAGGACAAAAUGACCUUCUUCAGUGAUGGAGAACUGGUCUUCAAGGACAUUGUGGAAGAUCCUGAUAAAUUCUACAUCUUCAAGACCAUCCUGGCAAAAACCAAUGUCAGCAAAUUUGACCUUCCCAACCGCGAGGCCUAUAAGGACUUCUUUGGCAUCAACCCCAUUUCCAGUUUCAAGCUGCUGUCGCAGCAGUGCUCCUACAUGGGAGGUUGCUUUCUGGAGAAGAUUGAGCGGGCCAUCACCCAGGAGCUCCCCGGCCUCCUGGGGAGCCUCGGGCUGGGGAAGAACCCAGGUGCUCUCAACUGUGACAAAACAGGGUGUGGCGAAACCCCGAAGAAUCGCUAUAGGAAGCCCUAGGUUGCUGUGUUGCCAUCCUCGGGUUUCUGUUGGUGAAUGAGCUUGUGUCCUAACUGUCUGAGAAGUCCUGGUUUAUUAACCCUUUGAGCCAUGCUGGCGGAAAUCCUUACGCAUUGGAGAUCUGGGAGCCAAUUGAGGCCAGUGGUGGGGGAAGGGGUGGGUUGAGGGAGGAGAGUGGAAACUGUGAAUUAUAGUGCAUUUGUCCUGUUGCUUCAAUUCAGGGGCCUGAUUGAGGCAAGUCAGGCCACACCUGCUUUCCCUGGGUUCUGUCUCAGAGGGACAGAGAGCAGCUAAAUUCUAGGGUAUACUGAAUUAAUGAAUCAAAUAAGCUAAAAGCAGCUGAAAUUCCUUUUUUCCCUAUAAGCUGGGAGAAUAGAGAAGGCUUGAGUUCUGUAGGACUGCUCAGGCCCGUUGUGGCUUCCUUCCACCCACCGUCUUCUGUGUCCUGCGGCCCUGAGCUGCCUCCUAAGCUUGAGUUGACUUCAACAGGGGAAAAUCUCUUGGGUCUGAAUCAACCUGGGUUUUGAGCCUCCCCCUCAGGCCCUCUUCCCUGUUCCCUCAAGGGCGGGGGAAUGGUAUAGAAUCCCAGAACACCAAGAGAGAACAAGAGGUCCCAGACAAGGAGAAGGAUCUGCCUCCCCCAUGCCAUGUCUCUGACAUAGUCGUCUGAGCCAGCUGGGAAGCUUGGUCCCUUUCUCAGCCCCAAGAGAUGAGCGUUCCAUGUAUUCAGGUAAUUUACUUCUUGGAAGUGACUUCAGUGAAAGCACCGGAAGGGCUCAGAGGGUUAAUUGGUUUGCAGUGUGUCUUUGUCUAUUGCAUGUCUUGCAAAACUCAGAUCCCAAAGGCGUUGGGUUUCAGAAGGGACAAUGGAACCUUGCUCCUUUUCAUCAGGGACAUCUCUGGGCAGCCCACCUCCCCCAAAUUUAAGAGGAGGCUGUUUCCACAACUUCUCCAUGGAGACGCUUGGCAGAAGAGUUGUUCCUUCCUGGUUUUCAUCACCACAGCUUUUCCUUUCCCUUCUUCUCCAUUCCCUGACGCGCCAACACUCAGAACUCCGAGUAACCUCCCAGGAGUCAGAACCAGCACCAGCCACUCAGUGUUGGUGGCAACGAAGGCUUAACGUUCAGCUUUGCUCCUGAACUUGAUGCCGACACCCACCAAAUGCACCGCAGGAAAGCCGGGACCUUCAAGGACGGAUGAGUGCAAAUAUGUGUGCAUUACAAUGUCCAAGAGAGAUCAGGGAGAUAGCGUGCCAGAGGGCAUAGAGAAAGGACUGGCUGUGAGAGUCCUGCCUGGCUGGUGUGCCACCUCGGAGGGCAGCGGGGAUGGGGGACGGAGGAGGGGUAGGGGUGGGGGAGCCUGGAGGGAAGAAGCCUUGUGAUGAAAAGUGGGGAGGUGGACAGUCUGUAUAUAUCCUAGAGACCUGGCCCAGGGCUGCCCAGAGGGGUUCUUCUGCCUAGUGAGCCAGCCUCUCUUGGGAGCGACUUCACCAUGAGGCACCGGUCAGGACCAUCAGCACCAGGAAGUCAUCCUGGACCAGGAGGAAAGUGAAGAUGAAGGCAGAGGGAGAGGCACUCUGAGGAUGAGCCAGUGGAAGCAACUGGAAGCAGAUGAGGUCCACGUGGAGGACUGUGAUUUUGGAAUUUCUGUUUCUCGGGAUUAUUAGUGCUCUGGUGCAUGGCUGCAACAAGGGCUGCUGCUUUUGGCUUGGUGGAGGGCCUGGAACCCCCAUAAGAAAACCAGAGGCCCCAGAGCCUCCAGGACAUUGUUUCUAAGGACAAAGCCAGCCAGAGGAGAAAAAGGGGUCUGCUGGGGGCAUCCAAGGGGCGAGCUGCGUUUCUUCUUGUCAAAACCCAGCCCUCGCCUUGUCUCUCCAUCAUUCACCCUCUCUUGCUCCUGAAUGCCCCUACUGCCCACAGUGACUCCUGGCACGUCUGUUUCCCCCAGUGCAGGAGGGACAUAAAAAGUGCAGAACUGUACGGGCAUCGUCAAGCUGCUCAUAUCAUUAUGGCUUUGGGGAAGCGAGUGGGAUGAGGCUGAUACAUUCACACAAGAGUCUGUCUUCAGAGGGGCGACAUCUUCAGUGUGGUCUUCUCCGCUUUCCUUUUCUCCGUGCAUUUUCCCCUUCUUCCUCCUCCUGUCCUCCGCUCACCCCUGGACUUUCUUUCCUCCGACUGCCCGUGGGCUUGCAGUCAGUCCGCUGGGCCUUGAAGUGCUGUUUUGUGCCCCACGCUGGGGAGGUGGAUUUCAAGCAGAAUUCUGACUCUUUGGGGUGGGUGGGUGGGUUGGGAACUGGGGGAAAUUCGGGAUCCAGAGAUCCCUCAAGAGGAGUGUCUGUAAGUAUUUGUGCCUGAACAGUUGCUGUUUCUCUCCAAAGCGGAACCUUUCCAGUGUCUUUCCAUUCUGAUUUCAUCAGGGAGAAAGUCUCAAUAAAGUUCCAAUCUCUCUUUAA